AGACAUUGAAUUUCAAGCCACGUUACUGUAUGCAACUAACGCAAGCAAACUAAUUUACAGUGGUCAUCAGGUUGAACGGUUCCUCCAUUAAAAGUUCUUGUGAAAGUGAUAGAACAAUAUUUUAUCUAAGAGAAGUUGAAGCUUUUCGGAGAUUUAACCCUGCCUAUAAGCGGACUUACUGGAAUGGACGUACCUCGAGGACGGAUUGAGUCAGCUGAGGACGACCAAUUUCAAAAUUUUACUCGUCCAAGAAUUCUUCGCGAACGCCAUGACACGUUGGAAUCACAAGCAUCUAGUGUCGACUUUUCGGAUGAGUUAACAGAGAGCGACUACCUGUCAGACAACGGAAGUUAUGGCUCGAGCCCCUCAGAAUUGGACAAUGAUUUACGUAGGACGAUGAGCGACCAAAUCGCAGCGUCCCUUCGCAGGUACAACAUCCGACACUCGCACUCGGCAGACCUCCUUCCAUUGGACGAAGAAGCUGAUGAUAGCCAGGAGCCAGUUCCUCCUGUGCUUCAAAGAUCCACUACGUUUGAAAGGGUUUUAUCGGACGCUAUCGUUCAUCAGUCGCCUCUCGAUGAGCUCAAAGUUAUUCUGGAAGCUGGAGCAAAGCUCAUAGACCCGUCCGCGAGAAAGCCCAACCCUCUUCACUACACCGUGUGGCAGCGAUACCCUGAGGCGGCGGAGCUGUUGCUACAACAAGGCUACGACGUUGAUGCGCUGGACGACUACAGCUACUCCGCGCUACACUUGGCUGCACGCCACGGCUACACCGAGAUGAUGAGGCUGCUCAUAGCGCACGGUGCAAAAGUUAACUUCAACGAUUCUCAAUCUGAUGAUAAAUUCCCGAUUGAUGCCGUCGAAGAACCGCUCAGACUCGCAAUUAAAUACGGACACAAGGAGGCAGCUAAGUUACUCCUCGACCACGGUGCUAACACCAACACGCGCUACUUCUUCGGCUCUGAGAUCAACUUGGUCAGUCCGCUGAUGCCGGAGAUGCUGGAGCUGCUGCUGCUGCACGGCGCCAACGUAAACGAACAAGACCGCAAUGGCCUCACUCCCAUCAUGAAGGCUUGUAGACUUAAGCAGGGAAUGGAGAGCUUACUAUUGCUACUAUCCUACGGAGGAGACGUCAAUAUUAGAGCUGACGCUCGUCAUGAUUCGAGGACAGCCCUGCACUACGCUGUCUUGUCAGGCUCCGUGGACAUCAUCCACGUCCUACUGGACAGCGGCGCGCAAAUCAUCUACGAACCUGAGUACAACAAGCCUACGCCGCUACACCUCGCUGUCAGACGCGGUGACAUCAAAGUUAUCAACAUUUUGCUGGAUCACGGAGCAGAUAUCAACAGCAGCACUUCCCUCGUUGGGUCUGUGCUGCACAUGGCUUGCAGUGAAAAGGUCCACAACCGCCUCGAAGUGAUGGAGCUCCUCUUGGACAGGGGAGCAGACCCCAAUAUUGUGGUACCUGGUCUGGACGGAAGCCCAAUCUUGCCUCCUCUAGGGGACUACCUCGCUGCCAGUGAUGAACAUGAUCCCAGCGUCAUUAACUUGCUGCUCAAAUACGGCGCUGAGGUGAUUCUAAAGAGCUCGCAAACCAGCCCUCUUGGUCUGCUAGGCUGCUUGUCGUCCCUACGGGAGCACCCACUGAUGCUGGAGGAACUGCUGGAGGGCGCGCAGCAAUUCGACUUGCACCUCAUCAGACACACGUCUCUGUUGGACACAGAACAGCGCAGGCUGUGUCUAGAAGUUGCUGGGUCGCCUUUGCCGCUCAGACACAUCAGCAGGAUAGCCAUCAGACAUGACUCGGCCACCUCUCGUCCUGAGUCAGUGCUCAAGAUGGCGCUCCCGUCAGUCAUCAGCAAAUAUUUAUUGUACGAAAUUAGUUAACCUUCACACGUU